GACCAGAGAAACGAAUCGCCAUCUUGUUUGAUCGAUAGUUGAAUCUCGAAACACUCUCGAAUCAGAGGUCUACGGCGCGAUACGUAAGUCCUCUGUGUUUGUUUGCUUCUCGCAGAACGAAGCUCUUGAAAUAUGACUCAAGAAGGCCAGUUGCCUCCCCCGCCUGUUAUGUGGGCCCAGAGGAGAGAUAUCUUAUUCGUUACCAUCUGUCUAGAAGAUUGUAAAGAUCCUGUUAUUAACAUCGAACCACAAAUGAUAUAUUUUAAGGGAGUGGGUGGAACAGAACAAAAAAUGCAUGAAGUUACAAUUAAUCUAUAUGGAGAAAUUGUUCCAAACAGAACAGUUCAGAAUUUGAGAGGAAGGACUUUUGAAUUAAUUCUUAUCAAAAAAGAAGAAGGCCCAUACUGGCCAAGAUUAACAAAGGAAAAGACGAAAGCUCAUUGGCUAAAAAGUGAUUUCAAUAAGUGGAAAGAUGAAGAUGAUAGCGAUGAUGAAGGUGGUAUGGAAGGAAGUGGCAAUGAUUUAGAAGAAAUGAUGCGACAGAUGGGUGGUCUAGGAGGUUCCGGAGACAGUAAACCAAUCUUUGAUGAUUUAGAUGAUUUGGGAGACGAAGGAGAAGGAAUGGACAGCGAUGAUGAUGAUUUACCUGAUCUGGUUGAUUGAACAAAUUUUGAAACCACUUAAAAAUAAUCCUCAUUAAAAAGUUAAAAGUAAAAAAACAAAUGGCGACCUAAGAAUAGUGCACCACCAGGCAAUAUUUCAAUAGGCCAUGCUGUUUGUAUUUUGAAUUGCAAAUAAGUUUUGCAAAUUUGCUAAUGGCCCAUAUUGCAGUAGCAACAGGAAAGUAAGGUGCACGCAAUACUGUCGACAUAAAAGAAUACAGUGAUCAUGAGAAAAAACAGUAACAUACUUUUUAAAGAUUCUCCAAUCCUUCUUUACUCAGUAGUUCAUGUAAUAAGUUAUAAUGGACAAGCUUUUUUAAUAAUGAUUACUUGUGUAUAAUAUGAAGGAGAUAAAAAUAAUGAAAAA